CAGAGAUCAUUAGAAGUCUACAUUGCAUCCACGAUACUGAAAGUAUGAGCUUCCAAGAAAAAAUUAAAUUCUUUUCUGAAAUUAGGCACUGAUAUGGAAGAACAGCUCUCAUGUUCAGUGGGGGUGCAUCAAUGGGUGUCUACCAUUUGGGAUGAAUCAAAGUUCUUAGAGAGCUAGAUCUUCUUCCAAGAAUCAUAUCUGGAAGUUCAGCUGGAAGCAUAUUCGCAUCUUUGGUCUGCACAAUGAAAUAUGAAGAUUUAGAAAAAUUUUAUGAUCCUCAUUUCAUUGAAUUUAAAUGAUUUGAGUAUAAAGAGAAAGGGUUUAAAUUAAUGCUUGGAAGAUACCUGAAAGAUGGAGUUUUCCUUGAUAUUAAAGUUCUACAAGAAUUUCUCAAAAGCCAAUUUGGAGAUACAACAUUUGAAGAAGCAUAUAAAAACACGGGAUGGAUUCUGAAUGUUUCGGUGACAAGUAUUCAUCAAAAAGAUGUCCCACGUCUUUUGAACUAUAUCACUUCUCCAUAUGUAUUAAUUUGGUCAGCAGUAUCAGCAUCUUGAGCUAUUCCAAGUGUUUAUGAACCCGUUGAGCUUAUGUGCAAGGAUUCUAAUGGAAAUAUUAUCCCUUUUACUUCCACUAAGAACCACGUUUUCAUAGAUGGAUCUGUUGCUGCAGAUCUUCCAAUGCAGAGACUCUCAGAAAUAUUUAACGUAAAUACAUUUAUAGUUUCCCAAGUGAACCCAUUUGUUAUCCCUUUUAUUGGGAAUGAUGGAGGAGGAAUUCUUGGGACCCAGUCAACACUUUCCAAAAAGAUUAUGGAUUUCUGGAAUAAUGAAGUUUCUCACGUAACAAAAUUAUUAAGAAUUUUUGGUGUUCUUCCUGAUAAAGUUGACAGAGUUGCUGGAUCAGCUGCUCAAUAUUACAAAGGUCAUGUAACUAUUUCUCCUAAAGUUAGGAUCAGUGACUAUUUGAACUUGCUAAGAAACCCUACACCAGAGUAUAUAGCAGAAGCUUCUAAGAUUUCCCAGCAAAACACUUACCCAAAAGUUGGCUUGAUUAAAGCAAUCUAUGAAAUAGAAAGAGAAAUUAACAAUUGAUACUGUAGCUUAAUGGGAGACAUUAAAGAAGAAAAUGAUAUUAUUAAUACGAUUGGACUAACUACACCAGCUACGUUUAGCUAUAAUAUUACUCAAGCAUUUACAAAAGCUCACAGUGCCACGAUGCUUAUAAAAAGAGAUAAGAAAAGAUCUAAAACACUGGACAACACUUUCGUAGGUUCAGUAAAUUCUGAAGCAAAUGAUAAAGGUGCUUCAGAAGACAACUCAAAACCAAAGAUGCAUCACCUAAAGGAGAACAAAGAAUUUGUGAAUAAGUCUUUCUUCAAUCCUGCAAAAGCUGGAAUUCAUAAUGCUUAUCUAAACCUGAAGCCAAAUAGAGUUCCCUCUUCAAGAAGUCAUUAUAGUGUCAACUCCCUAUGCAGUGACAUAUCGAUAGAUGAGGAAGUGCAUGAAGACCCAACCUCUGAGAUCAAGGAUAGGAUGGGUCUCUGGUCAAAAAUUCAUGACGAAAUCAAUAAAGAGGAGUAAAUAAUUAAAGUUUAAAAUCACAAUGAGUCG